AUGUGGUCGUCCCCCUCCCAGCCUACAUCUUCCAGCGAGACAGCAACACCAUCAUCGUUAAUGGGUAUAUCCCAUGCUCAACAGUCAGACACCCAAGCCGAGGAAACCGCCCCUUUCCCAUCAUUGUCAUCCAUAGCGGACACAGAAAUGGCCGACUCGGAUUUUCGACAUCCUCAGCCUGGCACGGCAGAUAAUGCUGAUUCAAGCUCUGAAGGCACGCCAACGGAUGAUCAGUCCGAGCCUAGGAGGAGUAGUCUUCUGGAUGCUGCCGUCGAGAAUCUCAUCCUUAAAGCAGAGAGGACUAGGAACCGGGAGAGCCUUGGCAACAGUCAUUGGACAGACCUCAAGCUCGUCCAAAAUGCACAAGACGAGUUUGCCAUCUCAUUCAGCAAGGGCGACACAUUGAUUAUCAUCAAUGUUCCCUCUGGACAUGAGCCCAAUGUCAUGUGCAACGAACAGAGGUACCCUCUCCAACAGAGACUCCGUUUUGAUUCGUCCAUCUUUCACCAGCGAGGCUUUGGCAAGAUUGGAGAACUCCUGUCCAACGAAAAAUACCAAGCAAGGCUCAGGAGACGCCUGGUUUCCGCUGGCGAAAUCAUCCCCGAAGGAGUGAGAUAUGUGGUGGAUCUAGGCCCGUCUACAGAUGAGGACCUCGCUCCGGAGCAGCUCGAGGCUUUGUCGCUAUCCAAAGGUGUGAUGCGGUGGUACCUCAUACCCGAGUGCUACCCAGGAAUUCCAAAUAGCAUUGUGGGUGGACAUGACGACUGCUGUACCUGUGAGAGCUCCUUUGCGGCAGCACACAGGAUACAACCGAAGCCAAGGGAAGACUCCGGAGACUACCCAGAGAAGAGGCACAGCAUUUGGGAUAUCGAGAUAGGAUCCAGCUUCCGCAAGAUCGACGACUAUUGCGAGGUGCGGCAUGCUGCCAACGUCGUUCGCUUGCUCCGAGCCAUGGCGGGCAAAGGUCUGCUUCUCGAUUCCGCGCCCAGAGUCUACACCAUAGCUGGUUUGGCUAAGCUCUUCGGAUUCGACCCUGCCGCGGGUGGUUCCUGGCUGCAAAAUGAAGUCUGGAGUUGGUUCUUCGACGACAAGAACAGCGUGUUCCUCGAGGUUCUGCCCGAGGAGAGUUUGAGGAUCGCGACCAACCUGAAAAUCCCCAUCAUUGCUCGCCUGGCCUUUCGGAUUCUCGUUGCUGAGAAGGCGCUCGAGGUCACUGCAGGUGGGCUCCAGUCGCGGCCAUCGCGCAAAUCAGUCUUUGGACGCCCACUCGGCGAUAUCGACGACGACAUGCGCACAGCUGUGGAACACGCCAGCCAGAACAUGGCUGACAGAGUCAACAACCUGCUUGAAAAGCUCAGAGCAUUCGACGUCUUCGAUCAUCUCAACAUCGGGGAAUGGAAACAGCUCUGUGCGGUGUGGACAUAUCUCCAGACAGACCACCCCGAUGUCAUCGCCAGCCUUCAGGGCCCGUUCUCCAGCCUCACACUGGCCCUGACGGACUGGUUCACCAAGAAACUCCUCGGGCUGUUAGCCAGUCCUGCCGAUGCCAUCCACAUAAACGCAAUGGCUAAAAAUCAGAAGCACUUGACACCCGCCGCGACUCAACAGGAUCUCAAAGAGUUAUAUGUCAACCUCACGCCUCAACAGAAGGCUUUGACAAGCCCCUUCUGGAAGAUUAUCCGGGAGUCAUGGCCAACAUAUCCCAUGUUUGGCGCCAGCAAAAUCAACGGCACGGGCAAGACCUUGGAGCAGCACGCAACCAGGUUCAAUAACAGCCUGCUCAAAGCCAUGGAGUCCGAGGGUGUUGACUUGAAUACAGUCUUCCCAAAAACCUUCACUUACCAUGUAUCGCAAAGUAUCCAACCCCAACCCUGGCGUUUCAAUACCUUUACCUUCUACGACGAAGCGACUGUAUGUCUGAAGCAGAUUUGCAGCAGCAUGUACGACCCACCUCAUUACAAAUGCGAUAUCGAGAUUCCCGUCAUGUUGUCAGAUCACCUGCUUCUGAGUCUGGAAGACAGCGAGUUCCGAUUCCUGCCGCUAUGGGCCGGUGGCUACGAUGACGGCACCGGCGGCGUUUUCACGGACGCCCUUCCGGCUGCAGAGAUGGGACCCAACGGGCCCGGUCCAAGCUACCACACGGGCUACACAGUUGCCACAGACGCUUCUGUCACGGACGACAUGAGUUUCGAGCGCCUCAACGUGAGAUCGGUCACCUCGGGCGAGGGCCACAGCAGCAACGUCGUCCAGGACAGCAUCUCGACUGUCUACAACCGCUUCCGCGUUAUGGCCGUGGAUGACGACGACUCCAUCGCCCCGGACGACUCCUUCUCCGUGGCCAACGACACCGACUUCGACGACGCCAUGCACGCCGUCCCCGCGGACAACCAGGCACGCGCCGAUGCGCUCUAUGAGUAUGUCAUGCAGGAGCAGGCCGACACGCCAGGUAGCAGCGAGGCACCUGUUGCUGCUUCAGCUACGGGUGGAGGUGCAGGCAAUGGACGAGAGGAGCAACGUGGGCAAGGUAGCCAGCGCGUCGCCUCGCCAGUGGACGAAGGUUUCGACAUGGAUGACGAUGACGAGAUGGACGUGUCGUCCGAUUCGGGAACCCUCACACCUGUCAAGGCCAGCGUUGAAGGUUCUGAUUCCGCUCUUUGGACGAUGUUGUGA